AUUCCACUGACAGGUCUCUCUGACGACGAGGUAGCUCUAGCGAGACGUCCGUUUCAGCGCCCAACCCUUUACCGCCAACUUCGUUAGGGAAAAGCACCCUGGGGACAAGGUUGCUUUCCUGCCCUAAUUGCACCUUUGGUGGGUCCCGUGUGAUCGGCACGUGUCGUUCUCGUGCGACUUCGUGGUUUGGUCGGGCAUGAGGCCGCGAACAAGAACUGACCCGCCUCUCAGGCCGCCCUGACCGUCGUUUGUGCCAUCAAUUUAUUGGUACGAUUGCCAGAGACUAGCUUCUGUGAUAACAACUGUGAAGAUUUUACUAGAAAACGAUAAGGGUGUUUACGAUUUUGAAAUUUUACACUUUGUUUGAAUACCUGAGCCAUGGUGGCCUAGCGCGUAUGCGGUGCAGCCAUCUUGUUCAAUGGACAGGUUAGUGAGCUUACAUAACAUAGAAGGCCGCCUUUAUCCCCCCAGACUACCACGGCCAACUUGAAAAUUCAAAAUGGCGGCAAAAGGCUGUGGGUUGAAUUUAAAUAUUUAUUUAUGCAGGAACCUUCUGGUGUUAUGUCAAGGCUUACCCGGAGGGCGUCAUGGCGGAGGCAAAAACGUUGAAAAUUGCAAGGCUCGUUGCGCUAGCCCACAUUGUUGUUGGAAUUUUGCUACUGAUUUUUGGAAUCGUCGAUCGUGUCGAAGGUUACUUUUGGACUGGCGAGGGAUGUUUUGGUAUCUGGUGUGGAAUAUGGAUGAUUAUCACUGGAUCUGUGGGAAUUCCAGCUAGCAGCAGGGAAAGAAACUCAUCCAGCCAAUCUUUUGCUGGAGCGUUUAUGGGCUGCGCCAUAACAUCGGCUGUGUUUGGCGGCGUAAUAAUUAUCUGCUACAGCAUCUCCAUUGCACAGCAUCAUUAUUAUGAUUAUUGGUAUGAUUUCAAUUAUUGGUACAAUUAUGAUGCAGAAAUGGCUAUAACGGCAAUCACCUUGAUUCUUGGUAUUGUUGAGUUUGCAAUUGGAAUCUGGGCAGCUGCCCUUUGCUGCUAUAUCACUUCAUGUGAGUGCUGUGGUACCUCACCUGAGCAAACAACCUCUGUGGUUUACGUGAGCAAUCAGGGCGUGGUAUCAGGUGGUUAUAUAAUGGGACAAGGCCCUGGUGGUGUUCCUAUUGCAUUUCCUGUGCAACAAGCUGGAGGUGUUGUUGCUGUUCCAGUGUCCUCAUCAGGAGCUGUUGGAGUACACCCUCAAAUGGUCCAAGUGCCCACUGGAGGGGUCAUGCAUGUAGCUGGCCAGCCACCAAUGUACCAAGUACCUGCAUCUGGGGCUAUGGGAAUGCAACCCCAAAUGGUUCAGGUGCCGCCAUCUGGGGCUCUGGGAGGUCAACCUCAAAUGGUUCAGAUGCCCGCAUCUGGGACUGCAGGAGGCCCACCUCAAAUGGCCUAUAUGCCUUCUGGGGCUGAGGGAGGCGAGUCUCAGUUUGUGAGAGUUACUCCAGAUGGACCUGAGAAAGGAGGCCAAGAGCCCUUUGUCUAAUACAACACGACAAAGAAAGAGCAUUGUGAAGACUCGCCGAGCUCUCAUAUAUUGCAGUUUAGUGUUUUGUCUUAUUCGCACCAAGAAGCACUGCACAAGUGUGAAACAAUCUGUAUUUAUUUAAGGCUUUUCAUAAGGCAUUCAAUUUUUAUCAGCUUCGUCGAAGACGUUAUAAAAUAGCACAAUGAAAUGAUGGUACACCGUGUAUGUAAUUUUGUAGUACUCUAAAGAAUCCCAGCACAUAGUAUUGGAACUCUUAAUGACUGUUCUUACAAGUGUGAUGUAAGCUUAUAUGUAGCAGUGAGUGUUCGUUUAGAAGGGUACUUGUUAUGCGACAAAAAAGAAUCUGGAAACUAGGUGCUGAAAUCUUUAAUUUUAUACGCUGGAGAACUUCUGGGAAACUCCGUCAGUACUGAUUAGUACGAAUCCUGUGAAUAUAUCUAGUGCCAACAGAGGUUUUAACUUAGAAAUUAGAUUCCCUUUGCAAAUUAAGAGCCAUUUCGUUGCAGCCUGCAGUUGCUCUGAGGCAGCAUCUACACUACGCUGGAUAAAUUUGAAAACGCAGCUUCAUUUCGGU